CGGUCGCUCGCUAUGUGCCAAUGGCUCCUCCUGCAACAGCGAAACGGAGCUGAGCAAGGGGUGCAGGGGUAACGCAAAAAUAUAUAAUUUUCUCGAGCCGCAGGAAAAGGGUGACUUAUUGCGCAAUGUUUAAGGAAAAAAUGUUUUAGAUUGCGUGCUUAGAGGUCAUUCCAGCUGUAGCGAAGGGUUCGAAUUUUCAUUUAGAUAAACACCCCAAAUGAACUCCGUCAGGGCAACCAGCAGAAGACCCAGGCGAGUGUCGAGGCCGCGCCCGGUACAGCCGGAAAGGAACAACCAGGAAAGAGAUGAGGACGUCCCUGCAGAUAUGGUUGCAGAAGAAUCCGGUCCAGGAGCUCAGAAUAGUCCGUACCAACUUCGUAGAAAGUCUCUACUGCCCAAGAGAACAGCAGCGUGUCCAGCAAAGACGAACAUGGAGGGUGCUUCCACUUCAACCACAGAAAACUUCGGCCAUCGGGCGAAACGUGCCAGAGUGUCAGGAAAGUCUCAAGAUCUGCCAGCCGCUCCUGCAGAGCAGUACCUCCAGGAGAAGCUGCCGGACGAGGUGGUCCUGAAGAUCUUCUCCUAUUUGCUAGAGCAGGACCUUUGUCGCGCUGCAUGUGUCUGCAAACGCUUCAGCGAGUUGGCCAGUGACCCAAUCCUCUGGAAGAGGCUGUACAUGGAGGUGUUUGAGUAUACGCGUCCCAUGAUGCACCCUGAGGCGGGGAAGUUCUUCCAGAUUAACCCGGAGGAGUACGAGCAGCCCAACCCGUGGAAAGAGAGCUUUCAGCAGCUGUAUAAAGGCGCACAUGUAAAGCCGGGCUUCGCAGAACACUUCUACAGUAAUCCGGCCAGAUACAAAGGCAGAGAAAACAUGCUUUACUAUGACACCAUAGAGGAUGCUUUGGGAGGGGUCCAGGAGGCCCACUUUGAAGGGCUCAUCUUCGUCCACUCUGGGAUAUACACUGACGAGUGGAUCUACAUUGAGUCACCCAUCACCAUGAUUGGAGCUGCAUCUGGUAAGGUAGCCGACAAGGUGAUUAUCGAGAACACCAGAGAUUCUACGUUCGUCUUCAUGGAGGGCUCAGAGGACGCUUAUGUAGGCUACAUGACAGUCAGGUUCAAUCCUGACGAUAAGUCGGCGCAGCACCACAAUGCCCAUCACUGUCUGGAGAUCACCGUCAACUGCAGCCCCAUCAUCGACCACUGCAUCAUAAGGAGUACCUGCACAGUUGGCUCAGCAGUGUGUGUGAGUGGCCAGGGGGCAUGUCCCACCAUCAAACACUGCAACAUCAGCGACUGUGAGAAUGUGGGUCUCUACAUCACUGACCACGCACAGGGAAUCUACGAGGACAACGAGAUCUCAAACAAUGCCUUGGCCGGGAUCUGGGUGAAAAACCAUGGCAACCCUAUCAUCAGACGGAACCACAUCCACCACGGCAGAGAUGUGGGUGUCUUCACAUUCGACCAUGGCAUGGGCUACUUUGAGAGCUGCAAAAUCCACCGGAAUCGCAUAGCGGGCUUCGAGGUGAAGGCAUACGCCAACCCCACGGUGGUGCGCUGUGAGAUCCACCACGGACAGACGGGAGGGAUCUACGUUCACGAGAAGGGCCGAGGACAAUUCAUCGAGAACAAGAUAUAUGCCAACAACUUUGCGGGAGUGUGGAUCACCUCUAAUAGUGAUCCGACGAUAAGGGGCAACGCCAUCUACAAUGGCAACCAGGGCGGCGUUUACAUAUUUGGGGAUGGGCGAGGCCUCAUCGAGGGAAACGAUAUCUACGGUAACGCCUUGGCAGGGAUCCAGAUCCGAACCAACAGCUGCCCCAUCGUACGACACAACAAGAUCCACGACGGGCAACACGGGGGCAUUUAUGUGCAUGAAAAGGGACAGGGGGUGAUUGAGGAGAACGAGGUGUACUCCAACACCCUGGCCGGGGUCUGGGUGACCACCGGGAGCACGCCCGUCCUCAGGAGGAACCGGAUACACAGCGGGAAACAGGUCGGAGUUUACUUCUAUGACAACGGCCACGGAGUGUUGGAGGACAAUGAUAUCUACAACCACAUGUACUCUGGAGUUCAGAUCAGAACUGGCAGUAAUCCUAAAAUCAGACGGAACAAGAUAUGGGGAGGUCAAAAUGGAGGCAUUCUGGUUUACAACUCAGGUUUGGGCUUCAUAGAGGACAAUGAGAUCUUUGACAAUGCCAUGGCGGGGGUGUGGAUAAAGACGGACAGCAACCCCACCCUGCGACGCAACAAGAUCCAUGACGGGCGGGACGGAGGCAUCUGUAUCUUCAACGGCGGACGAGGUCUACUGGAGGAGAACGACAUCUUCAGGAACGCCCAGGCAGGAGUCCUGAUCAGCACCAACAGUCACCCGGUUUUGAGGAAGAACAGGAUAUUUGACGGCUUUGCAGCAGGUAUUGAGAUCACCAAUCAUGCCACGGCCACCCUGGAGGGCAAUCAGAUCUUCAACAAUCGCUUUGGAGGGUUGUUUCUCGCCUCAGGUGUCAACGUUACGAUGAAAGAUAACAAAAUAAUGAACAAUCAAGAUGCCAUUGAAAAAGCUGUGAGCAGAGGUCAGUGCCUGUACAAGAUUUCAAGUUACACCAGCUAUCCAAUGCACGAUUUUUACAGGUGCCACACCUGCAACACAACAGACCGCAACGCCAUCUGUGUGAACUGCAUCAAAAAGUGCCACCAGGGGCAUGACGUCGAGUUCAUUAGACAUGAUAGAUUUUUCUGCGACUGUGGAGCUGGGACGUUGUCAAACCCCUGCACGCUAGCCGGAGAGCCAACCCACGACACGGACACACUGUACGACUCAGCCCCUCCUAUAGAGUCCAAUACACUGCAGCACAACUGACCGGGUCGCCCUGGAGCCCCCCCCCCCCGGACCCUGUCAGCUCCGCUCCCCCGCAAGGUGCCGGACCGGGUCGGGUGGUGCAACGUGUGGGGAGGAGACUGCCGUCUGAGGCGCAGAGACACAGAGACUCGUGUUUGUUCAGCUGACCAGGUCAAACAUAGGGGAGAGGAAAAUACAAAUCAAACUAUUAUAAAUAUUUCAAUUGUUUCACAUGUGAACAAUGUAAAGAUGACUUUUAAAAAAAAAAGAAAAAAAAAAAGAAAAAAGCAAUGAAAACAUGGACGUCUAGGUGGACAAAGACAAACGGAAAAACAUUUUUAUAUAUAUAUAUAAAAUCUGUUCUGCAGGGGAUGCCCCACCUGCGAUUGCCCCCACCCCCCCCCAAACCCCACCCAUUAUAUUUUCCUUCCCAGCAAUGUUGACAUGGAAAGAAUGAACUUCUGAGGAGGCGUUGGGACUCGGUCGGCAAUGGAUUAGUCUUUUGAUGGGAGUGUUUGUACAUUGACGGGCAUUUCCAUUCCCUUCAUAGUGCUGAGCUUCAGACACGGCCCUGUGAAGGGAAUGGGGGGCCAUUUCGGACUUGCAUAUAUAUAUAUUGUUGACUCAGGUUGAUGGAGAAUAAAUAGGAAGCGUUACGGCUGUGUAACGGGGCUGUGUAGAGGCGGACGGACACUAGCCAUCAUCAUCCUCCUGCACCCUCCCCCCCCCCCCCCCCCCCCCCCCCGCCCCGCCUUUCUUUGAGAAGUGGGCAAGUCUUGUCAGACUGCAGUUAAUGUACAGAGCCAUCAAUGGUGUCAGGACAGCACAGCAACGUCCAGAGCCAUAUUUGAGGAACUAGUAUUCUUCACGCCGAGACAGAGCCUCGCCACACACUUCUGUCUCCGGGCAUCAACCGUCGCGCUGGUAUGUAUGGAUUCAAAAAAAUACGAAAUGACCUAGCACUUCGGCUUUGUUUUUUUCUUUGGGGUGGGGGGCGGGGAAGAAAUUUUGAUUUUAUAUGCUUAUUUUUUUUUUUUUCCCAUGUAGUUUUGUAUUUUCAUGCAAAAAUGUUACUGUACUUGAAUGUCUUUUAUUUUAUUAAAUAUAUUAAUUUUGUUUUUUGGUUAUUACACCCUAGACUUACUGUAAGUGUACUGAUGUCACAGUAUGUUUGUUCUUUCUGUGAAAGAGAUGAAAAAAAGAAACUGUUUCUCCUGCAAUGUUGAAUAUUUUAAAUUUGAGACUUGGUGAAAAAAAAUACCGCAAUUGUGAUUUCACAAGACUGGUUGUGGUCCAUUUUAUUUAUUUUGAUUUAAACUCCCUAAAAGCUUUGUUUGCCAUCAACGUGGAGUUGAAGAAACCACACAUGCUCCCCUAGACAUCUCCUGUCAUUUGUACCAUACAAAAUGUAAAUGUUAGUAUACAUUGAAACCCAUAAUUGCAGUGUUUAUAUCGACAGCUCACUCUGAAAAGUGAAAAAACACCUGUCUGGGGGCAUAGUUGUAGGUUUUUAUACAGUACCCAAGACCAUUCUGUUAAUUUGAGCAUUUGGAAAAAGCUGUAGAAAUACUGCAAUGUGGGUUUCAUUGACUUCAUCCCAAGGCCUGAAUUCAAUCUAAAAAGCAGGUUAUGGCAUCGCAACUUCUGGAGGCAGAAUCCGAAUGAGCUGACAUCUGCAGCUUUCGUUAUGAAUUGUAAUUUCACCGAACGAUGCCUCUAAAGCCAGCAGCGCCGAUAAACCUGCUUUCAGAUUGAGUCCCACCUGAAGUCUUGUGAAGUCACAUGUGCUUACAGUUCAGUUCCAAGGCUCAGACUGGCCUGUUGUCAUGUUGGGAGUCUGGUUCGUGGGUUACCUUGUUAAUGGUUGUUUCAAUGCUGUUUCUGGUAACGACCCUAGGGGUUGCCAACACCACACCGAUCUGGGACGAGCAUUCACAUUGAGGAAUAAAAAAAAAAGAUUGGAGACCCCCCCCCCCCCCCCCCCCCCCCCCGUAAAGUAAAGCUCAUACUUUACUUACCGAGGCGGAGACAUUGAAAUAGCUGCAGCAGUAUAUGGUUUCCAUUGCUUUCCCCUCCAUCCCUCCCCAUUCAUGUGUAUUGGUGACUGUGGGUUCUGAAACAGCCUGAAUUGUAUGCAUGUACCAUAACAUCUAGACUUAAUAUAUUGUGGAGUAUUCAAUAACCAUUAUGUAGACGCUAGUUUGAAUUAAAAGGGUUUAAUUUCCUAAGGUAAAGAGGAAAGUGGUCAUUUUUAAAAAUAAACUUUAUUAGCUCAUAA